AUGAGAACAUCUUCUGCCCUGAAUACAUCCGCUACUUCGCCAGAAAAUCAUAAACAGAACCAACAACCAUCAUCCAAUACAGCAAACAAGCCGAACCAUCAAUCAACACUAGCAAAACAACAACAACCGAACCACCCACCAUCAACCGACAUCCAACAACAGCAGCAUAAUGACCCAGUUUCAUCCGACCAACAUCAGCAACCAUAUCAACCAAAUCCAUCCAUACAUCAGAAGCAUAACGACCCAGUUUCAUCCGACCAACAUCAGCAAUCAUACCAACCAAAUCCAUCCAUACACCAGCAGCAUAGUCACCAAUUAACACCAGUCAGCCAAGAACGACAGAAUCAGCAAACACCGUCUAUCAACCAGCAACAAUCCAGCAUAAACAUCGAACCGGCAUCCGUAAACACAACAUCCACAAUCACUCAGCCAACACAAUCCGGAACAUCCAUCGAUUUCAGCUACCGCACUUUAUCAUACAUACCAUCGCUCACAGCCAAAAUAAUCAGAGACCUGAAAAAAGAAUUUUUAAAUGUUAAAUUCGCCCAAAAAACGAUCAACAACGUCGGAAAACUCUUUCCGAUCGUCAAAGAUCCCAUAUUGCCGGCUCAGCAGUCAAAGAUCAUCUACAGCAUUCCAUGCCGUGACUGCGAGAAGGUGUACAUCGGAAUGAGCACCAAUACACUCACAAAGAGGAUGUACGGUCACAAAUCAGAUGUCAACCGAUAUGAAAAAGUAUUGACAACCGGAGUUACCAACACAGCGGAAAUCAAGAAGAAGCUCGGAGAUACUACAGCUAUGACUGAUCACGUUAUCAACACGCAACAUCGAUUCGACCACAACAGAGCCAAAAUCAUAGACAGAGCGCAAUACACAUCAACAUUGCGGGUAUUGGAGAUGUGUCAUAUCACCAAUACCACAAAUACCGUAAACUAUAGGACCGAUACAGCUAGCUUAAGUGCAACAUACACAGGCAUACUACAAUCCGUAAAACCCAAACAACCAUCCAUCAAUAGCAAUAGUAUAAAUAAUAACCAAAACUCACACAUCACAACGAUUCCAAUCCCACUUACCAACUCAGAAAGCUCAACCUCCAACAAUACCCACACAUUCCACAUAACACAAUAUCCAUAAUUCAAAAAGUACGUUAAAAGUGCAACCAUAGGAAAUCGGAUGAAAAAUAUUCUUUUCUAUCCGGUUCAAAUUAGCUGCAAAUACUGGACACCUAGCCGUUGGAAAAAAACGAUAUUGACAAUAACAGCAGACAGACAAGUGAGUUUACACAUUUUAGAAUAGUUUCACAAACAAUGCUCAAAAUAAUUUAUAAUACAAUAAACUUCCAGUUCCCUUGAGAAAGACCACAAAAAAUGGUCGAAACGUCGGGUAUUUCAAAUAAAACGUUGUUUGAUUAAAAUCUCAGACCGUAAAAAGCCAAAA